UCUUCUUGGUACCCCAACGGAGAAAUUUGAUGAUAUGGACAGAAUACUCGUUGACACAGCGGCACCUUUUGAGUCUGUCAGAGAAGCUGUCUCCAAAUUCGGAGGGAUUGUUGAUUGCAAAGCUGAAGAGAGACUUAGCAUUGAGAAGCAAAAGCAGAUCCAACUCGAACUCAAGAAAGUACACGAAGAAGUUUUGAAGCACCGAAAGAGAUUCCAAGACGAAGAGACUGCUAAAGCACAGGUUUUGGAGGAGCUCGAUCGCUGCAAGGGAUUUGUGGAGGAGCUAAACCAUCGUUUGGAACGAGAAGCAACGCUCGAGAAGCAAGCGAAGCAGGACAGCGAGCUCGCCGACAUGAGGCUGCGAGAAGUGGAGGAGGGAAUUACAGACGACUCAAGCGUCGCGUCCAAGGUUCAGCUGGAUGUGGCCAAUGAGAGACGCGCGAGCGCCGUCGUGGCGUUGAAGUCUGUGAAGGAAGAAUUUGAGUCGAUUCAAACCGCAUAUGCUUCGUUGCUUCCGGAACGAGACAUCGCGAUCGAGAAAGCUGCUGCUUCGUUGGCUGCAUUUAAAGAGAUGAAGCGCGCCAUUCGGAAUCUGGCUCUCAAGUUGAUCAUCACCAAGCAAUUGCUUGAAUCGGUUCGUAUUGUGCGUCUUAAAUCCGAAGACCAAAUACUCGUCGCGGCAUUGGAGCUGGAAAUCGAAAAGUUGGUUGGGGACAAGUCGCUGAAGCAUGCUGAAGAAGAACUGCAGCAAGUUACUGAACAAAUCCAGAUGACGAACGCUACGAAGUUAGAAUUAGAUGAAACUUCUACACUUCUAGCGAACCUGAAAGCGGAGCUAGCAUUGCAGAAUCAAGCAGUAUCGGUUCCACACACGGAAGGGUUAGAGAAAUCCAAACAGGGUGUGAACUGCUUAAAGAUCCAACUUUCUUCACUUCUAUCUGAAUUGGAAAGAGAAAAGGCAUCCUUAAGCUCCAUGAGAGAGAGGGAAGAUUUGACAUCUGCGUCGAUCGCGUCUCUUGAAGCUGAGCUCGACAGGACGAACACAGAAUUGGAGUUUGUUCUUAAAAAGGAGGGGGCGGGAGAUAAGAUGGCUGGCGAGGAGCAAGGCAAGCUGCGACAAGCAGCAAAAGAAGCCGAGGAAGAUGCAAGAAAAGCACUGGAAGAAAAGAAGAAAAAGCUAAGAGAAGCAACGGAAAGGGCUGAGAAGGUGGAAGAAGAGAGGUUUCUCAUGGAGCAGGAGUUGAGGGCAUACAAAGAAAAGCACAAACACGAACCGACAACGAGAGUUGGAAGCUUUGACCGCUCUAUGGACCUCGGUGCUGCCGGAGAAACUGCAAGUUCUUUUGGUGAAGGCCAUGGAGAUUCGCAAUGUGAGAGUUCAACAAGAUGCACCGGAGGAGUACUUGUGGUGGGCUCAGAUAACAAAAUUGUGGUGAAGCCGAAGCCAAAACGGAGGAAGAGGAUGUUCUUCGCGAGGAUACUCAUGUUCCUUGCGAGGAAGAAGGUUCAGUCAUUGAAGUAGAGGGAGGCAGGCAAUCCUCAUCCAGUCU